AGCGGUCAGGAAUUCGAACUCUUUGUACUUGCUGUCUGUAAUUGUUAAAAGUUGUCUUGAUCAAAGUUAUUGCGGUAAAAUAUUUUUUAUAUUUUUCUUAUUAAUCUUGGGGGAGAUUUCCGUAUCUCUUUAUCUGUGGCCGAAUAAGCGCCAAGUCUUGCAAGACUUCAGAAACUAAGAAAAAAAACAUCACAAAAAGGGACCAACUCCAAAGUAGUCUAUAUGAAUCAUUUUUGCAAGUAAAAGAGCGACAUCAUCCUCUUUCAAAUAAUGGAUUCCAAAUGUCUGAUGGAAAAACUGCAAGAAAAUAAACAAGAAUCAAAUAGUUUAAAACAGAAAAUUUAUCAUUUGGAGAAUGUUCUUGAAGCUUUAAAAGGUAUUGUUAGUGCCCAAAAGGAAGAUGAUAAUCUGAACAGACGCAGGCAAGGGGUUGAACACCAAGUAUCGUCCAAUCAAGGCGAGGGUGAAAAGAAUCACACUAUACCUAUAUCCAAUUUUGAACUUGAAGAGGAAAAAAGUCCAAAUGGAAAGAAACGAUUGGUGCUUGUUUUUGAAGAGAAAUGUAUACUUCCUGAAGUUCCUCAAGAUGAUAAAUUCAAAGAGAAUGACUCCAAAGAUGAUGAAGAAAGCACAGCCUUCCAACCUAUUGUGUUAAAUGAAAAAUAUCAGAAGACUGACUGCAUAUCUAAUCACUCAGAUAGCAAUCCCAGUAAUAUGUGCAAUUCAAAAAAGCUGAUACGGUCAACAAAAUCUAUUUCUUUGAAAAGGAAGGGAGAGUUUUCCCCCCACAAAAAGUCAAAAUUUAAAAAGUUAUUCAACAUUGUCGAAGUAAAGGGAUCCUCUUCGUCGCAAGAAUCUUCUUUCAGGGAAAAGUCUGGUAUUUCUGAUAGAAAUGAAAAAAGAGGCAAAUUAUUUAAAGAAAUGAUUAACGAUACUAAUCAAUACAUUUCAAAUUAUACUAAAAAGGAUAAACCACCCGUGAGAAGUUCUGCUAAUACAUUUUACAAACCUCCUGGUGGAAACGAAUAUGAGAAAAAAAGAUUAGGUUUAAAGUCAUCCCGUUAUAAUGUUAAUAGUAAUAGAAAUGAUGUCUUCUAUUUCAAGAAUAUUACCCAAAAAAUUUUGAAACUGCCAGGGAACUAUGAAUCUAACUGUAACAGUAUAAAAACAUUAUCAACUAAUUUUUCUGAAUUAGUUAAAGAAAUGAAGAAAGAAUAUAAAGCAUCGUUCUGCUCAUCUGGUAAAACUUUUCUUCCAAAAGAAUUGCUGACAUCAGAGGAAAUUUCAGAACUUCCAAACUUUUCAAUGAGGAAAUCGAAUGAUUGUAACCCCAAUUUGCAUGAAAAUGGGUUGAGCUCAUCACUUUUUAAAAGAAGCCCUCAAAUUAAUGAAAAAAGAAAUCAUAAAUGCUUUUUCACAAAAAACCCUGUCUCUUCACAAUCGUCAGGUUUAAAAAACAAUAACAGGUUAUGCUUACUUUCAGAUGACUCUAAUGAUAAAAAUAUUUUCUCAAAUGCAGAAAAUUUGAUUGAAAAGAAAGACAAUUUACUUGAGCCUGAGCAAAAAGAUCUGCAUCAACUAAGUCAAAAAAAUAAUAAUUUAAGAAUAAAUUCUAAAUUCAAAUUAACAACUAAUAUUGAUAAAACUGAAGAAAGCAAAGUAAAUAUGAUAAAGUCAGUUCAAUUAAAAACACCAUAUUUUGCUAAACCGGAUAAGGACUCAAACAGUUUACAUAAAUCAGACUCUUUAAAUCAUCAAAAUAUUUCUGAAAUUUUGUCCAAGCCAUUCGUCCCUGUGAGAAGAAGUAGUCGAACUAAGUCUAAACCACCCAAAGCCAAAGAUGAAGUAAAGAAUUUACUUAGCCGUGAAACUUUUGGUUAUAACUUUAAUAGAUUAAAAACUGAUUCUUCUACAUGUUCUGCAGAACUUAUUAAAAAAAUGAAUCAGUACCAAGCAUCUGUCCGUACCUCUGCUACAUUUCAAAUAAAUGACUCUGCGAUAUCUCAGAUGAACAUCCAUAAUGUAUCCUUGAAUUCCCCAUUAAAGAAAUCGGACAUUCUUAAAAAGUUUCGAUCCUCUUUGCAGAAAAGUAAAUUGGUUGACACAGCUAGCUCUUUUGAAACAAAUGAUGAACUCGAUAUUUCCACCAUAACUGAAACAAAUAUUAAAUUUAAAUCUUCGUCAGAAAUGAACUCUAGGUUCAACAAGCUAUUUUCCAAGGAAAGUAAUGCUGAUAAAAAUACUGGUUUAUAUUCAGCUAAUCCUAAUGUUAGAGUGAAAAAUAAUAUUCUGAAGCCUGGAGCGAAUCCUAUUCUUGACACACAGAGUAAUAUAUCAUCUAUACCUUCACUUAGAGAAUUUGAGCAUCCAUGUAGAUCAAAAUCAAAUUCUGAAAGCAAAUCCAAUUUUAAUGAAAUGUUGAAGGAAAAAACAAAACUCCCUUUUUGCUCAUCAGGUUCAACUAAUAACGCUGCUGUAGAAAUUAAUGAUUUGGAGACUGGAUCACACGUAAGCUCAAAUUCUAAAAGUUUAUUCGAUACUGGACUCAUGGAAGCAUUUAUUGACUCAACAGAUGAAGAGGUUGCUAUGGAUAUUGAGGCACAGUCUUCAACAAUACCUGAGAUUUCAGAAACUUGUUUCCUGAAUGAAAAAAUCACUUCACAUUUAAACAAACAUGCCUUGAGCAGUUUACCUCAGCAGUGUCAUUCUCUUCCGAAGCUCAAAUGUAAAUGGCCAAAGAUUGUUAUAGUAGACUGUUUGAAACAAAAUGCAAAAAAUUUAGCAGAUGGUGUAGUGUCGCAUGAUGUUGAAAAAAAGAAUGACUGUGUUGCUUCUGGUGAAAGCCAAUGUCUCUUGAUGAAAUGCAAACCUUUAAAAAUAAUUUUAGAAGAUUGCAUAGAAAAAAACACAAAACAAGUAAGACCUGAUAUCAACAUCUCUCUUUGUGAAAAUGAAACUGUUAAAAUGAUACCAACCUCAACCAAUGCUUUUGAAACUAAAACAACCGAAGCAGUAAAACUUAGUAAAGAUCCAACACUUGGAAAUUUGAGUGUUAAAACAAAUACUAACAAAUACAUGGCAGUAAAGAAGAGAUACAUUGACUAUCAUCGUCUAAAUAAGUUGGCGAGUAUUUCACCGCUACUUUCUGGUGUAUUUUCUGAUCUCGAGAGAAGGGUUUUGACUAAAGAUAAUUUAAAUUAUUACUCGCAGAUCCUGUUUGAUAUACUCAUUGAUGAAAAACUCAUUACUAAAAGUAGUGAGAUAAUAUAUUAUGUCUUGAAAUUCCUUUCCCUUGUGAAUAAAAAUCCAAUUCGUUUUUUCAAUGAAACACGUGAUCCCGCCAUAUUUCUACCUCCAGUAGAAAGGUGUAUUGUAUUAGUUAUACAAAAGAUAAAUUCCAGUACAUUAUCUCAUUCUAAAGGAUUUUUAAAUUCCAUCACUGUAAAUAUUCAUCAACUCUUACUUGGAAUGAACUCUUUAACACUGAAAGGUUGUUGUGCUCUGAGUAGAGUUUAUGCUCAAAUAUGCAAAUCAGAAGGAAAGGAAAUGAUGGCUUUAACGCUGUGUUGUGAUUUGUUAAAGACUUUGCAUAAAUUUUCUCCAAUGAUAAUCGCCUGCAUUGCUGGAGUCUGGCCUGGUCUGUUUGAAGUACCUUAUAAUGCAUCUGAUGAGGAAGUCAUUUUCCAUUCAGCUAUAGCUCUGGGCUCUCAAAAGUGCCCCAACAUCAAAUCUAAAAAACUGAGAUCGAAAUUUCAAAUGUAUCCUUCUCAAUUUAAAGUGUCAAGUGACAUUCUGGGAGAAUUUAUGUCAGUUUCUCCUUUAGAACCUACAGAAGAAAUUGUUGAUGUAUUGAUGGAUGCUAUUUCAAAAAGAUGUAUGAAAGGAUCUUAUGAAUUUUUUGUUACAUCAUCUAUUGUUAUAUUUGCUGCCUACAAAGGGAGUGAAUGGGCAAAGCAAAAUGUAGUGGAAAAACAUCUUAUUCCAAAAAUUAAGCUUUACAGUGAAACUGAACCAAACGAAGGGGCCUUGACUUUAUUUUGUAAGCUUUAUGCUGAAGUAUGCUUCUUUUAUCCUGAGAAUUGUAGUCCGGAAGAUGUACUAUUCCAUUUAUUUGAAAAUGAGAAUCACAAAAAUGAAUUUGUGUCAGAUUGUGUUGCCCCAGCCCUGAUCGAGUUGUUGUUGUCAAGGAAACGCUGCCUACCCAAAAGCAUGAAUAAGUGGCUUCAAAUGAAUACAAAUAAUGAAAAAUAUUCAUACCUAGAAUUGGUUUUUCAUAGAGCAGUUUUGAAAAAGAAAUCUGAUUUCUUUACUGAUGAUAUUCUUUGAUCACUAUACACUUAAAAGAAAAAUGUAUAUUUUAUGGCACAUGUUAAUAAUGUAUAUUUCAAUUGUUUAUUAUUUUAAAAUUAAAAGAAACUUUUAUUGUUGUAAUAUUCUUUAAGUUGACAUAAUUUAUUUACAUUGUAUAAAGUGUUACAUUUUAUGAUAUAAGUUGAAAGAGAUACAAAUUUUAAGUUUUUCAUACUGCUAGGGGGCUAAGCCUCCUGUUCACUGCCGCUCACCAACCUCGAUGAUCGCUUCACAAUAAUUGUUAUUUCUUGGUAGAAAAUAGCUUUUCUACUUAAGUUAAAAUUCUCCCUCUUAUUACAUCUAUGUACUAAAAGGAAUUCUGUUUGCUUAUGCUUGUGCCACCAC